UUAUUUUUAUCCAUUACAAAAGUUUCUUUAUUUUCUCUCUCGUUGUCUUCUUAGAACAUUACUUUAAACUUGCUUAGUCCGUAACUCAAAGCUAGAUCCAAUCUUAGUUUUAUUUUCCUGUUCGCCUCUCUGUCAUCUCUCUUGAUCUCAUUGACAAUUCUCAACAUUUCCUGAAAUAAACGAGCAUAGAGAAUCUUUUAUAUAUAAGAGAACGAAAAACAACAAGAAGCUGGAAACUUUGCAUAUGGGUAUGGGAACAGAGUCACAGUUCCAUGUUUUGGCUGUUGAUGAUAGUCUAGUUGAUCGGAAAAUGAUAGAGAGAUUGCUGCAAAAGUCUUCAUGUCAAGUAACUACAGUUGAUUCAGGGUCUAAGGCUCUUGAGUUUCUGGGUUUGAGAGAAAGCAAUGAGAGCAACGACCCAAAUGCACCCUCUUCAUCGCCUGUAACACAUCAGGAAAUUGAAAUAAAUCUUAUAAUUACAGAUUACUGCAUGCCUGGCAUGACUGGUUAUGAUUUGCUCAAGAGAGUUAAGGAAUCAGCAGCAUUUAGAAGCAUUCCCGUAGUGAUAAUGUCAUCUGAGAACGUUCCUGCUAGAAUCUCCAGAUGUCUGGAAGAAGGAGCUGAGGAGUUCUUCUUGAAGCCAGUAAAGUUGGCUGAUCUUACCAAGUUGAAACCUCAUAUGAUGAAAACCAAACUGAAGAAAGAAAGCGAGAAACCAUCAAAAGAAGAUAAUGCAGUUUUGAAACAUGAGAUAAGAAAAGAAGAAGAACCAUCCGUGAUUGAAAUCUUGCCUCUACAUCAAGACGUUGAACAAGAACCAAUGUUGAGUAAUAAUAAGAGGAAAGCAAUGGAAGAAGUGAUAUCUACUGAUCGAUCACGUCCUAAAUACAAUGAUAUCACAACCUUGGUUUGACCCUUUCUCUCAUUCGGUGUCCUGCCGAAGUUUCUAUAAAAAAAGACUUUGCUUCAGAGUUUUUUUCCUUAGGUUUGUUGUAGGAAUGCUUCUUCUGGUGAAUACAGGGCUAGCAUAGAGAAUGAAGAGGAGGAGAGAUGUAUGUAGUCUGUAGAUAUUGAUGGUAAUGGACCCAUCAUUAUGAAAAAUCAGUAAAUUCCAAGUUA